CCAAUCACGGCGGCCUCUACCAGUUUUAUCUUCUUUUGUUAUUUUAUUUUAAUUUCCAAAAGAGACGAAUCUUAAGGAUCCAUCUUCCAUAUAUUCCAAAUCCAAAGCCAUCGUCUCUCUGAUCCAAAAACAGCCCCUAUACGACGUCGUCUGGUACCACUAAACUCGCCACGUGAGCCUUCUUCCCACCCAAAUCCGUUUUCACAAAACUGAAACAAAAAAAACAACUCACUCUUCGAGCUCGUUCUCCUUUGAAUUUUUUAAAUUUUGAAAAACAAAAAGAGUUUUUGAAUUCUCAUUUCUUGAAAAGCAAGAAUUGGGUUUUUUCAUCAUUAACGAUGGGGAAGGGCGGUGGCUGUGUUCCAAGCAAGAAGAAGGUGCCCACGGGCGGCACCGCCGCCGUCGCAGAAGAUUCCCCGCGCGGCUCAGUCAACGCGUCGAUUCCAGCCGAUGACAAGUCGUACGAUGCCGUUUCAAAUCCUGCGACAGUUAACGACGAUAACGCCACGGCAGCGGUUGCGGUUGUUGGUGCGACGAAGCUCAGGGUGUUCGUUGUGUUCUACUCAAUGUACGGACACGUGGAAUGCUUGGCUAGGAGGAUUAAGAAAGGGGUUGACUCGGUCGAUGGAGUGGAGGGGGUUUUGUUCAGGGUGGCGGAGACAUUGCCGGUUGAGGUUUUGGAUCAGAUGAAAGCGCCGCCGAAGGACCCCGAGAUUCCUGAAAUCAAGGCGGAAGAGCUAGUGGAGGCCGACGGCGUCUUGUUUGGGUUUCCGACGAGGUACGGGAGUAUGGCGGCGCAGAUGAAGGCGUUUUUCGAUUCGACGGGGCAGUUGUGGAAGGAGCAGAAGCUUUCUAGGAAGCCAGCAGGGUUCUUCGUCAGUACCGGUACUCAAGGUGGUGGCCAAGAAACGACGGCUUGGACGGCUAUUACGCAACUGGUACACCACGGAAUGCUGUUUGUUCCGAUUGGAUAUACUUUUGGGGCUGGUAUGUUCAAGAUGGACUCCAUAAGAGGGGGAUCUCCCUAUGGUGCUGGUGUAUUUGCCGGUGACGGCACAAGAGAACCCACUGAAACUGAAUUGGCUCUUGCAGAGCAUCAAGGAAAGUACAUGGCAGCCGUGGUGAAGAAGCUGUCCUCUGCUUAAAAAUCUUGAUCAUGUUGUGUUUGCCCAUCUAUAGAUUUUUUUGUCUUGUGAUUGAUUGCUUUUACCAUUGUUUUCCAGUUACAAAAAUGCCUUUCUUUAUUCCUCCUACAGUUAUGCUCUGUUUAGAUAAAGUUGUACAUGGUUUUUCAUUUGUUCUCACAUCACAUGAUUUUGUCAAAUAAUUUGUUCGAAUGUCCAA